AUUGACGUCAGGAUAUAGGGAAGAGCCUAGGCUCUUCACUUCGUAAACAGAACAGGCAGGCGUGUCAGAAAUAGCCUAUUUGACGACCGCCGCUCUCGCACUUUUAAACUUUCAACUUGGCCAUCAACAUCAUCGAGGGCUAUCUUCGUAGUGGCGUCAUCUGGAUAUGACCACUGCGUUUGCAUUAGCCGGACGAAAAGCUGAAAUGGACAGAAAUGAAACUAGAUGAGUGACAACCGUCAGGCGGAACCACAGUUAAACUAAUGUGUCGGGUUUGAAUGGAAAAUCCACACAGUUACUGAUGUGCAGGUGUGUUAUGUGACCUCUCUUUGAGCCAAGAUACCAAUUAUUGGCCAACACAGUGGGCAUCAUGAAGAGGGGGGUCCAUAAGCCGCCGGAGCCUGAUGACCCCUUGUGCUGCUGUGAGUAUGUGGACAGAAAGGGAGGCCGGAACCAUGUGGCGGCGUGUUGCUGCGACUGCGAGGACCUGGACGAUGCGUGUGAUAGGUGGCUGAAACGGGAGGCUCAAAAGCCAGACUCUUUGUCUCGAGUGGUAGACUCUGUGUCUGACCGACUACGGGUGCCGUGGAUUCAGGGGGCGAAGCGCGUCGACUUGUCCCUGCUCCCGCCCCUUGUGUUGCUUCCUGUCCUGCUGCGCAUUGCAGCUUUGCACAUCCUUCUGGGAGUUGUAGUCCUGACAGCACUUCCUGGGCUGGUGCUGUGGUACUACUACUUCACUCACCGCAAGAAGGGCCGCACGCUGUUCUUCCUGAGUCUGGCGCUCUUCUCUCUGGGCUACAUGUACUACCUCUUCAUCACAGAGAUAGUCCCCAGCGGCGACGUCACGUCCACUCAGCUGGCCACAGUGACGAUGGGUGUGAUUCUGACUCUCGUCUCCCUUGUCCACACCAAGAGGGGCCCGGGCUAUGUCAAGCCCCGCCUGUCUGAAACCCACAGCACCGUCACCUAUCACAGUCCACUUCCUGAUAAGGACUCCUCCCACCUGAACGGAACCAGGCACCAGGUGGUCAUAGCCAAUCGGGGGACGGCGGUGCUGGAGCACAAAACCAGUGACGGGGCAGUGGAGGAGGUCCCAUCGGGGCAAAUGGGCAGUAAGAAGAAGAGCUGGUGCCCCUGGUGCAGGACAGUGCGCCCCCCGCGGGCUGGACACUGUCGCAUCUGCAGUGCCUGCAUCCAGCGCUUGGAUCACCAUUGUGUCUGGAUUAACAGCUGCGUGGGGCGGGCCAAUCAUCGCAGCUUCCUGAUGACGCUCCUCCUGUUCCUGUUAACCUCCCUGUACGGGAUCAGCCUGGUGCUGCGCACCGUGUGCCCCCGCCAGAAUGUGCUAAUCGCCCUGCUCUACUGCCCUGGAGUCUACAGCCAGUACAGCUCGGCCCUCUGUUUCACCUGUGCCUGGUAUAGCAGCAUCGUGACGGGCGGCAUGCUCCACCUCCUGGUCCUCCAGCUCAUCAACGUCAGCUACAACGUGACGGAGCGCGAGGCGCGGCUCGCCCUGCGGGACAAGACCGGCCGCACUCUCCUCUGGGGCCUCAUCAUCGACACCGGCGUCUAUUCGCAGGGUUUCCGCCACAACUGGGCAGAAUUCCUGACUAUGGCCGACAACAACGACCCCUCCGAACGAUCGCCACCCGCCUUCACAGAAUUAGUGUAGGACUAUGUAGCCUUCACCCUCAGUGUUGAACAACUGGCAGGCAGCCUACCAAACUCUGGUUUCUGACUCUUCUCCGUUUUUGAUAUUCUGAGCACUGACAUACCUGCGUCAAACAGUUGUGAUUUGCUGUGUUGGUUUCCCUUGGAAGCCUGAACGUGGUGGAACUGCAUUGGAGGAAGCAGCCACUCCAGCUCUUUGGCUCAGUUCCCUAAACCUCCAGUUGGGGGCACUGUUGUGCCAUGUCUUCUCCUCAGUGCAGGUACAGGUACACACAGUCCUUGAGUGUGUGAGGAAAAGGUUUAUGGGGUGGGUAUUGGGGAUAUGUGGUAAAACACAGCUAACAGUGACAUCAGCACCACACCUUCAGAAGCAUUUCAGUGUGUCUUGCCUUUUCCAUUUAUUUAUUUCUCUGCAGCUUAUCUUUGUCCAAAGCCUCAUUUCUUUCUUUGACUGUUGAUCCAUUGACCUUCUGAGCCCUCCAGAGAGUGAUGUAAUUAUGGCCUUCUCAAAGUCAACCAGACAGUUCACUAGUUCAUCAAUAGAAAUCUUUGCUUAUUGCCAGAACUCUGAAUCAAUCUUCUAGAACGCGAAAGUGAGUUCAAUCACCCCUAUUGGCUCCUCCCUGACUGUGUAAAAAACAUCAUUAGUUAACACCCCCGGUGAUUCCUUCCCAGAUGUUGCAUGGAUCCAGGUCCAACAUCAUCCGUCCAGGUCUGUUCUAAAGGCAGCUGCUUCACAAGCCAACACUUUUUUUUUUUGGUGAAUAUGUCACUAGAAAUGACUUUUUAGACUCAUGAAUAUUUACAGGUGAUGAAGCAGAUGUGGUUUCGAACGCUUCCACCUGCCUGCCUGUCUCACAUUCCCCUCUGAAGACGCAAAGUGUAAGGCACCUCUUUAAAUAGAUGAAACACUUUCAGGGGGCGUCAUUAGGAUAAUUUGUACCAUCUGUGUUUGAGAAGGUGUGUAGAAGGCUUCAUCACAGAAGCAUACAUGAAAGCACAGACCAAUCAAACUCACUUCAGACACAACUUGGCUUCCUGAUUGAGUUGUAAUUACAAUCCUGCAUAAUUGCAGUAUCUGAAACAGCUUAGUUCUAAUAAGAAUAACAUAAUGUAUGUCCCUAAGAUAACACAUGGAAGAAAAUAAACAAUUGGUAAACUUGAGGAAAGAAAUGAAAUAAAAUAUAUGUUCAGAGACAAAUAGUGGACCACUA